UUUGUGUUCAACACGUUUAUCGCAAACACGUGUUUUGGUCGCAAACAGUUGUUUAACUCGUUAACCAUCACCUGAUCCCGCGAAGUGAUGACAAUAUGAACGCAGUGGCCAAUCACCCGAUAGCGCUGUCCGAUUGCGGCCAGUAUUUCAGUUACUGCACACUCGACGGACAGCUCAAGAUAUGGGACACACUCUCCGGACAUCUGAAGCAGGAGUACACGCCGUCGUCGCAUCUGUCGGCCACGUGUGUGACCAUCAGUUGGCCCGCAAGACAUCCCCAACCCGUGCAACAGGAGGACGGCGUCGAUGUGUCGCCGAAGAAGAAACGGAAGCGCCGGACGUCCGAUAACGUGACACAAGAGGUGCAGUCACUGGAACUGCUGGCGUUGGGGACCGUGACGGGGAAUAUACUGUUGUAUAGUGUCGUCAAAAGUGAUUUACACUCACAGCUGACCGCCGAUGGCCACGAAGAUCGCGUCAAUGAUAUGAGUUGGUUGACGGCCGCGGACUCGCUGUUCAGCUGUUCCAGCGAUAAGCAGGUGAUCGAGUGGUGUAUAUCGACGUCGAAGGUUAAGAAGAAGUGGACGCCCGACAAGCACUCGUUGUCCGCCAUCUGUGCCAUCGACUCGACGAAUGUCUUAAUAGCCGGCAAUUCCAUCAAAUGGUUAGAUUGGGAGCAGAAGACAAUAUUGAGGCACUUCUCGGGACACGCAUCGGAAGUGCAUCUCUUAAAGCACGUUAGACUUCCCGACACCGACGAGGUCUACAACUCUUAUUUCCUGUCCUCAGCGGUCGGCGACCGACUCGUCAAUGCCUGGCAAAUGAAAACCGAUUCGCGACAAAGAGUUAGCAAUUCUUUGGCAUCUUUUGCAUUAGACGACGAGUCCAUCAGUUUAGACAUAUCUUCGAUUAAAGCCAAUCACCCCAUUUUAAUAACAGUCGUAACGAGAAGUGGUUUGUUAUAUAUUUUUGAACACGUGCUGAACGGACACCGAAAAGCGCCAAUUGUUCCCAAAGUGACGAUCAGAUUAGCGACGCCGGCCUCGAAUAGGGUGCCGUCGAAGCAGUUGAUGAUACUAUCAGCUCAAGUGUGCAGUGAUAGGGAAGUGUUACUCAUCUACGGCUCACUACUGGCGCCGACGUUCGAGAGGAUAGCAUACGACAAGUGCGACCAAACCGAGACUUUGAUCCGCAAAGACACCUACGAGGGGGUAAAGCCGACGCUUCAGGUGGACAGUGGGUUCACUAAAAUCAAGAGCCCGCUGAAGCCUAAGAACGCGACUGUCGUGGGACCGGCGGGUAUGGCCCCCACCCGACAGACAGUGGCACUCAAUAACAACAACGAGAUCUCAACGCCGGUUGAAGUGAAUAAUCAAUUGCCGGAAGCGAUAGAAAGUACCAAAAAGUCGGCGAAAACGCCGAAAAAGCCGACGGAGGAAAGGCUUAUGACUUUCGAGGAGCGACUGGUCGUGUCGAAUGAGAUUCCGGAUACCAGUGCCGCCGCACAGCCCAGUAGUGAUAGUCUGACGCAUCUCUUAGUGCAAGGACUGCAGAGUAAAGACAAGAAAAUGUUGGAAACGGUUCUCAACACCACCGACGAGAAAGUGAUGAGAAAUACAAUCAAAAAACUGCCGAUUGAUUGCGUUUCCAUGUUUUUAUACGAACUGCAGAGUUGUUUAUUCAAUAAAAGUGAACAAACCGUGGUUUACCUCAAGUGGUUGGAACAGCUGCUGCACCUGAGGCUCACGUUCCUCAUGAGCUUGCCAAACGUUGAGGAAGAGUUCGCACCACUGCUGGAGCUGAUGAACGCGAGGACUCACAUCUUAGACCGAAUUUAUCGACUCAAAGGUCGACUCAAUUUAAUGAUAUCUCAGAUUCGGGCGCAAAACAGUACGGACUAUAUAUCGCGCCAAAAGCCGGCCAUCGAUUACGAGUCGUCGUCCUCUUCGGACGCCUCCGACGACGAGGACCUCAUGGAUGACGACAUGAGAGACUUAGGCGCCGACGACGACUCGUCGGAUGAGGAUAACGACGAUAAUGGCGUCGAUGGCGACGACCACCAGAUGACGGACGACGACACGUAUGAGGAGAACCUCAUGAGCGAAGACAACGACGAGGACUACGAUUCAAAUAAAUACACGGAAACGGAGUGAAUAUAUCUAUGAAUGCGAUGAUAAUUAAGAGUUUAAUUAUAAUUAUAAUUAAUUUUUAUAAAAACACUACAAAAUCAUUAUUAAAAUACACAUAAUAUUUUAAAAUAUAAAUUAAUUUUUGGUGAAAAA